UUUGCAAGCAUCUGCGAACUCCAGGACGGAAGCGAGUCCGCGUGGCCGCUAUUGACCUUCAGGGGCUCGCUUCCCACGGACAACCACAAGGUCCGUCUGUUCGUCCUAACGUUCCUGGAGUAGGGCUGUGACUACCUCCCGGCAAUUUCCGGGCUGCCGUUCGACAAGAUGUGGGUUCUGGUCCUCAAGAGCGUGCGGACGGAGGGUUCGUUGGACAAGCCGCUGUUUUUCGAAGAGCAGGAUGGCACGUGGGCCGUGCAUGUCGACGAAUGCGCGAAGAUUUUGGCGACCAUGUUCUUCUACAAGGAUGAAGCGGCGUUUGGCACUGCUCAUUUGAUUCCAGCCCAGCUGGUCGAAGGCGUUGACGGCGACGUCGAGGGCUACGUGGACGUGAUCCGCUACGCCAUCCUCCAACUCCCCAAGAAGACGAAGACAGCCACCUGUCCAUCUUUUUUUUCCUUGCGCAAGCAAGCAGAACGAGGUAAUGCCAUCUUCCGGUACUGGCAGAAUGGCCUGAGGGAGACCAUACCGGCGACAGAGUUUGCCGGCAAAGGAUGGACCGUCGACCCACGAGGAAAGGGGAGCGUCGGCGACGAACUCACAAAGGAGAACUGCGUGCUUGACCUGUCCGAGUAUGCUUAUAUCGCCCCUGACCGAAAGACAGUCACGCUUGCGUGUGGUUGCAAUCCGGACACGGCCCUGUGUAACAGGUGCAGGUGCAAGAACAAGAAGUGCUCGCUUGCUUGCGGCUGCAGUAAUCGUUGCACCCUACGGCGGGCGGCGCCGGCACCCGUGCGCGCAGGGGGGAGGUCUGCGUCACCGCCUACGGUGGGUGCUUCUCAAACUAGGCGGGUAGAGGGUACCUCCCGACCCCAACCACCCAUCGAGAGUCGACCACGGCCAUCCUACAGUGCUGCCAAUGCCAUGGCACUCUUUGCCGCCUCUAUGAGGCAGCAGGAAUCGCAUGGAGCGGAACAGAACGACGUGGAGGCGGGGACCCCCGAGUCGCCUGCGAGCAAGGACGUUUCCGCCGGCGAGGCUGCGGAAUCUAAGAGGGCAGAGUUAGAGGACCCCGAGUCGGACGAGAACGGCGACGGUUCGGUCGGUGCACUCGACGAUUUGGUAAGUUGGAUUCGAGCGAACCUGGAUCCAGCGAUGGGGAACCUGACGGGGUGAGCGAGAAGAGCGUCGAUUCCAACUGGAGUGGCGGAGACACAGAUGAUGGUGUUGCGGAUCUCGUAACCGACGCCUGGAACUGAGAUCUGGCUACUUCUUCAGGCAGGUCCGUCCGUGCUUGACUCCCGUUGGAUACAUCCAUCCACGAAAUACGACGACCCGGGGUACGAGAUAUCAGACGGACGAACUUCAGCCUACUACUGAAAAGCCGGCUAGGGCGCGCAUUUCCGCCCUCGGCGAAUUUUCGUUCCUACUAGUUGCGCACGUAGUUGCGCAGGGAGGUGGACCGGGGGGGGGGAUUAUUCUUGGCCCAAACCGGGUAUCCGUUGUUUAUUGGUGUGGUAUUUUGUUCUCCGCGUGUUUCCGGCAGACUGCCGGAAACCUAUUGUUGGGGUGCUGUGUGCGUUGGCCCGGUAUUCUGUGCGGUGUUCGUGUGUAAGUACUUCCGGCGUUUUCGCCACACCCAAUGCUCAGGGCGUCCUCAUGUACAUCGAGACAAGUAUUUCAAUGUGUACAUAUAUAUAUGCCGGCCGUGCCUACAUGCGACACCCCAAAGCACGACGUUAUCAGUGGCCAAACUCAUUGUUACUGUAGGUGCCGUGCUACUGUCGCUAUUCGACCAUUCUUGCAUUUUUUUCUUCGGGAAUCAGGAGAGUUGUGCACUGCUAGGUGAGGGUCCCGACUCCAACAGGCACAAGCGUGUGCGGUGCAACAACAGAGGGGCACCUCCAACAGCAAUUUCAGUCCAAACCUAGCUAACGCCAUUCAAGAGUACUCCACCUAUAGUUGGUAUUGCAGCACAAUUCUAAGUGCUAUACAACCACAAGAUCAGCAGCUAGCAUAAUCGAUGCUCGGUGUUGCCGGCAACGUGUCAGGGCAAAAGCACGGUGCCUGUAUGCGAACGCCAGUUUUCAACUUCAUUCGUACCUACCUCUCGAUCCUCUGCACCAAUCAAGUUGAAUUCUUAUGCAAUCUACUGUGUGGCGCUCAGUCCGUCUUCAUCAAAUUUUUGUGGCGAUCGAUGCAGUGGUGGGCGCGUUCUCAUGCUUGGUGUCUUUGGCGGGUGCACAGCAGCGUGGUUGCGCCGCGUAGAUACCAUCGGCACGUUUUUUUCGGGCACGGGCUGUGGGUUGCGCCGACAAGUUUGAAGCCUACAGUGGACGGAAUUCGACAAAUCUUGGUUCCCUAGAUAGCUAUUGAAAUAGUCUACUUCUAUAAACCUUUAGCCUUGGGUGGAUGUACGCCGGUCGCGCUGCUCUUCUGUGUAAGCCGAUAUUUUUUGUCCCGCCGCUUACUUUUUUUUUUUUCUGUCGUGCAGCACUGGCUGGUGAACAAUUCAAACUUUCGGUCGCGGGUAACUCGAACAAAACUGUCAAAUAUUUCGUCGAGAAAAAUUAAUCGAACGCGCAGGGAUCACGAACUUCCAACCUGAGUGGCUUGUGUGUUUGCGGUGAUUCAAUUAAAGGAUUGGAAAUGAAUUCCCGACGCCCACGUGCGGGGGGCUUUCGUAUCCGACAUCUACGUUCGAAAAUACCCUCGUCCGACCACCUAGAGAUGUACACGUCUCAGGACCGUAAAUUGCUUGUGCCUCCUUUCUCCGUCAAACGCUUCGGAUUGGUUGGAUGCUUUGACGUAGUCUCUCACCGUCAGGCCUUCGG